CUGGCUGACGAAAGCACCUUAUCCGUUUCGUCUCCCGCGCGAGCCCCCUCUGCCCGGCGGACGACGGACGACGGCGCCUUCCUUGUACCGGGCACCGGCCAUGGCGCCGUUCGUGUCCAAGCUGCUGUCGCUGCCUUCGACCCACGGUGCCUCCACCUGGCGCCGCCGCCUCCUCCUUCCCCGAGCAACAGCGGCAUCGCCCAGUCCGAGCCCGGCCGGCCGUCGCAUCGCGCCGCCGCCCAGCCGGAGUCCAGCGAGGCGCUCCGCCCCGAGCUGCGCCUCCGCAUCCUCAGAUCGCGCCGGCGCGACGGCGGCGGGCCUGGCUGCAGCCGAGGAGGAGGAGCUUGACGGCCUUCCGUUUGUCCAGCUGUCUUCAGACAUCCUCCAGACCGAGCUGAGCUUGCUCAAGGCGGACGCGCCCCCGGGCGCCGGCAACGGCGAGGAUGGUCGCCUCUCGGGACGAAGAGAAGCCGCUGCUUACCCGGCUGCCAUGAACGCAUUGUACGCGGCCUGCCUCGCCGGGAACGUGACCGAGCAGCUGUGGAACUUCACCUGGCCCGCCGCCAUCGCCACGCUGCACCCGAGCCUCCUCCCCGUCGCCGUCCUCGGCUUCUUCUCAAAGCUCGUGGUGUUCGCGGCGGCCCCGCUGGUGGGGGAUGUCGUGAGCUCGCUGCCCCGGAUCCCGGCGUACCGAUCACUGACGGUGAUCCAGACGGCAGCGCACCUGGUGUCGGCGGCGAUGGUCACGUACGCCUUCACCGUCCCUCCAACUUCAUCUGCCUCGGCGCUGCUCCUGCAGCCGUGGUUCGCCGCGCUGGUGGCGUCCACCGCCGUCGACCGCCUCUCCUGCGUCUCCCUCGGCGUCAUCACCGAGCGCGACUUCGUCGUCCAGCUAGCAGGGGAAGGCAGGCCGAUCGCGCUGGCGCGGGCGAACGCGGCGCUCAUCAGGGUCGAUCUCCUCUGCGAGACGGCGGGGGCGUCCAUCUUCGCGGUGCUGCUCUCGAGGAACGACCCGGUGACCUGCGUCAGGCUGUCGUGCGCCAUCUCGCUCUGCGCCCUGCCCCUUCUGGUUUUUCUAGGCGGCGCGAUGAACCGGCUCGCCGACGGCAUCUUCGACCGCUCAUCUGCUGCUAGUGCUAGUCCGGCGGCGGACCCGCUGGAGCGGUCCGGACGACGACAUGGGAGGCGGAGCAUCACGGGGGUCGGAGAAGCCUGGGAGACCAUCAGGCGCGGCUGGACGGUGUACCUCCGGCAGCCCGUCCUCCCGGCCAGCCUCGCCUACGUGCUCGUCUCCUUCAACGUCGCGCUCGCGCCCGGCGCUCUCAUGACCACCUUCCUCAUCCACCACGGAGCGAGCGCGUCGGUGCUCGGCGUGUUCGGCGGGUCGUCGGCGGUGGUGGGGAUUCUCGCCACGUUCGUCACUCCAUACCUUGUCAAGGAGCUGGGCAUUCUCAAGGCCGGAGCGGCAGGGCUGGUGGCGCAGAGCGCGCUCCUGGGCGCGGCGGUCGUCGUCUUCCUCCUCACCGGCGGCCCUCCUGUCUCGCGGCGCGGCGCCCUCUUCGCCUUCCUCGGCUUCAUCGUGGCGUCGCGGCUGGGGCACAUGGCGUACAGCGUCAUCGGGCUGCAGGUGGUGCAGACGGGGAACCCCAUGGGGAAGGCCAAGCUGAUCGGCGCCACGGAGAUCGCCGUGGCCAGCCUCGCCGAGCUCGCCAUGAUGGCUGUCGCCGCCGCCGUCGCCGGGGACGCCGCGCACUACGGCUGGCUGGCCGCGCUCUCCGCCGCGUCCGUCGCCGCCGCCGCGUGCCUGUUCUGCGCGUGGCUGGCUAACCCCACCGACGAGCUUAGGAGGCUCUUCCCCCCAUGCUGAUAUAUAUAGGAAUAGGAGGCGCAAUUCUUUUUUGAUAUUCGUCACGUCAAUUCAUGUGUACGUAGCCUCCAAAUGUGUUUGCAGGUAUACAGAGCUUCGAAUUUUUGCAUGUUCUGCGUCCGCUGUUUAUUUGCAUGGCUAUCGACACAAAAUCGACUAUGGAUAUGGCUGAUCGAUUUGUUGCUCGAGGUUGGCCUAAUCAACAAUAUUGUCAACAACACGCUAAACCUAUAUCUUA